GCUUCCUCAACCCGUCGCCUGCGCAGCUGAAGGACCUCACCGACCUGGUGGACCACUUUGCUGCGCGCUCCAUGCACGCUGAGGACGCCAGCCUGGUGUCGCACGGGAACCCGCUCCUGCUGCCAAAGCAUCACCGGAUCGCUAACUCAGUUAGCAAUUUGACUCGUCCUUACGGCAGAAGGGACCCGGGUACGAAUCCGGAUAAAAGCCCAAUUAUGCAAAAGGCGAAAGAUUGGUGCGAAACUGAUUGGUGAUCCCACGAACGAUAGGUAAUUGCCCUUAGUGGCAAUUGCGGGCUUAUGCCCGCUGCAACCUAGAAAGGUCGUGGUGCAGAAGUCCGAUUUAGUGGCGAGGUCCAAGGUUCAAGACAAGGCUCAAGAUCCAAGGCUCGAGGAGGAGCGCCAUGGCUCCUCGGUUUGCACGAACUGGCAGUGCUCCACUACUAUAACGCGGCGUUUCCCUAGCUCGAUAUGCUAGGUGUGCAGGCUUGGACGUAGUGGACUUUGAAGAGCGGCCUAGGACAUGGAGGUUGUAGUUUGGAGGUUGUGACUCUUUCGUGGCCGGCAACCCUGGAAGAUGCUCACCCGGGCGCUGCUUACUCAUGUGCGCCCGGACUCCGCCACCACGUGGGCGUGGGUGUACAGCGACGCGCCGGCGCCCGCGGGGCUGCCUGCCCGGCUGGCGGCCGCGGUCGGCCACGUGCGGAGCGCGGGCGUGGAACAGCAUCCACUGCAGCCAGCCACUCAGCCGCCAGCGGCGCCGCCACAGUGGCGGGUUAGCCUGGACCAGCUGUGGGUGGCUAACGCUGCGGGGGCUGUGUCCUACGUCCACUACACGGGGCGGCUCUUGGAGCCUGGGCCUGGCGUGCUGCCCCCGGGGGUGGAUGGGGCGUGGCAGCCUGCCUGUGUGCUGCAGCAUCGCAAGCCGCGGCACCUGUGGACCUUUGAAGAGCGGGCGGCGUACGAUGCAGCAUCACCAGGGGACCGGGCGGGGGCGUGGCCUCGGGCGCCGUACUUCCUGGCGCCGGAGGCUGGGGUGGUGGUGCACCCGGAGCACUGCCGGAUUGCGGGUGUCAGCUUAGCAGACUACACGGUGCGGGACGUGCGGCGGGCCAUCACCGCGGCCAACCCGGCCGCACCUCCGGCUCCGGCCCGCCCCGCAGCCAUGCCGUGCCCGGCGCCAGCUCAGCAGGCGGGGGGGUCGGGGCCCCAGCCGGCGGCACAGUCGCGGCUGGCGAAGCAAGAGGCGGAGUGGCAGCGUGCAGCGGCGCAGCUGACCACCACAGCGGCGCAGCAUUUCCACAAUAACCCGGUGGCUCUGGACCCCUGGCUCCACCGCACCUCCACGGCAGCCGGGCUGCAGAACACGCCAGAGGGGGGGUCCCUAACCGCAAGAACCACCACCACCGUGGGUAUGUGGGCCUCAGGCCUGCGGGGGGCGGGCGCGCUGCUGUGGAGCACUUUGCGGGCCACCUUCUUGUACGCCGUCUGGUGUGCGUACUGGUCCCGCGAGCCUGCUAAGCAGACGUCGGAGCAUGUGGUUUGGGAGGUGGUCAGCGAGCUGCGCAGGGUGAUGCAGCUGCGUUUCACUGCCGCCACGCUAACCCCUGACACCCUGUCGGCUCUGCCCACUCAGCUUCUCACCGCACAGCUCAAGGCGGCUAAGCUGGAGCACUUUCUUGCCAUCUGGUCGGCGGGUGGCGCGCUUUGUGAAGUGGAGGAGGUUCAGGGCCCUUGCCCACACACGGGGGUGCCGUUUACCACUGGCGCCGUGACGCACCUGGGUGUGCCCCUGUCGUGGGACUCUGAGGCGGCUGCAGCUGACUUGUACACCCGGCGGGCUCGCGGCAUGGCGUUUGUGGCGCGUCUGUGGGCUGCCCUGUCUCUGACUCUCGUUGGCCGUGUGCACAUUGCGAAGCAGGUGCUGGCGGCGAAGCUGGCCUACCACUUCAGCUUCCUCAACCCGUCGCCUGCGCAGCUGAAGGAACUCACCGACCUGGUGGACCACUUUGCUGCGCGCUCCAUGCACGCUGAGGACGCCAGCCUGGUGUCGCACGGGAACCCGCUCCUGCUGCCAAAGCGGGAAACGGCAUGUCUGACGUACAAGGAUGGGGGUGUCAACCACGUCGACCUGCCUACGUUCCUGUCUGCCCUGCAAGCUAAGACUUUCGCCCUCCUUGCCCAGCCAGGCCGGCAACCCUGGAAGAUGCUCACCCGGGCGCUGCUUACUCAUGUGCGCCCGGACUCCGCCACCACGUGGGCGUGGGUGUACAGCGACGCGCCGGCGCCCGCGGGGCUGCCUGCCCGGCUGGCGGCCGCGGUCGGCCACGUGCGGAGCGCGGGCGUGGAACAGCAUCCACUGCAGCCAGCCACUCAGCCGCCAGCGGUGCCGCCACAGUGGCGGGUUAGCCUGGACCAGCUGUGGGUGGCUAACGCUGCGGGGGCUGUGUCCUAAGUCCACUACACGGGGCGGCUCUUGGAGCCUGGGCCUGGCGUGCUGCCCCCGGCGGUGGAUGGGGCGUGGCAGCCUGCCUGUGUGCUGCAGCAUCGCAAGCCGCGGCACCUGUGGACCUUUGAAGAGCGGGCGGCGUACGAUGCAGCAUCACCAGGGGAACGGCCGGGGGCGUGGCCUCGGGCGCCGUACUUCCUGGCGCCGGAGGCUGGGGUGGUGGUGCACCCGGAGCACUGUCGGAUUGCGGGUGUCAGCUUGGCGGACUACACGGUGCGGGAAAUAGAAAUAGAAAUAGAGACACCCUGCCGUAGGCAAGUGGUGUGAAUUAAGGGAGUGGGGGGAGAUGAGGAGGUGGGCCAGGCCCGCCUCCUGUACGCCCCCACUACCGAGCAUGUGAAGGCGGGCGUGCAGGCCAGGCCUGCACCCCGCCAGGAUGUUACGUCCCGCCCGGGUCGCCAGGUGGCAGUCCCCGUUCGAGACGCCGUCUGGUCAAGACAAUGUGGUUGAGGGUGGCGACUGCGUGGUCGUGUAGGGUGUCGCAGCACUGCCUGGCUUUGUGGGAAGUGACGCCCAGGGAGGUGAGGAGGGGAUGGAGGUCCUUGCGGAUUGUGCCUGCAAAUCCGAGGCUGAUUGCGCUCUGCGGGGUGUAUUGCACUUUCCAUCCCGCUUCCCGCAGGUCGGCUGCAAGUGCCUGGUGCUGUUGUGCUUUUUCGUGUUGCUUGGCGGCGUGGUUCGUGUCGGCGGUGUAUCCUGCUUCGAUGAUGUGGAUGGUGUCGCGUUCGCUGGGAAACACGACAAAGUCUGGGUUUAGGGCUGCGGCGAGGGAGAUGGAAGGGAUUAGUAGGAUGUCGGGGCGGUAAUGUAGGUGGCGUCCUGCUGGUUUGCCCUCCUGGUCGGGGAGCAGCCACGGCGGCAGGCGGUUGUCAGCCGCGUAGUCUGGCAGAUCGGCUUUAGACGUGGCGUCCAUUACCAUGUAGCAGCCGCCGCAGUCACCACGGGAGAUGGCUCGUGCGAUGGUCUGGACUGCAAUGUUGUGUCGUUUA